UCCGUUUCAUUUCCUGAAUUCUCACAUUCCCUUUCUACCCUUGUCUCCCAAAUACCAUGCUUUCAUCUUGCCAUGCCUGCGCUCUCGAGUCUCUCCCUCGGAACCCAUUCCACAAACGAAGGUUCGAGUCACAACAAACCCUCUCUCUCUUGCAGAAAUCUCGCAAUCUCAAACAACUACAACAAAUCCACGCCCACAUCCUAAAAACCAAUAUCGCCCACAACCAAAUACUCAUAACGAAACUCCUCUCCCUCUAUUCCUCCCACAAAAACCUCGACUCCGCUACUCUCCUUUUCAACCACAUCCAAACCCCUCUCACCUUUACUUGCAAUAUCAUGAUCCGCAUCCACACCCGAAACGGCGCUCCCCAUGAUGCGCUCCUCGUCUACCGCCUCAUGCUUUUCCGCCGCAUACCGCCCGAUAAAUUCACCUUCCCUUUCGUCAUCAAAGCCUGCUCGAGUCUCAAUUCCCACGCUGCUGUCAAGAGCGGGAGACCAGUACACGCCCACGCCGUCAAGGCUGGGUUUUCGACGGACCUGUUCGUGCAAAAUACCCUCAUGGAUCUGUACCUUAAACAUGGGGUUAUGGAUUGCGGUCGUAAAGUGUUUGAUAAAAUGCGUGUUAGGAAUGUUGUUUCGUGGACGACUGUGGUCUCGGGGCUUGUUGUCUGCGGGGAAUUAGAGGCCGCGCGUGAUGUAUUUGAGAAAAUGCCGGUUAGGAAUGUGGUGUCCUGGACAGCGAUGAUUAAUGGUUAUGUUAGACAUGGGCGGCCUCAAGAAGCAUUCGAGGUUUUCCACCAAAUGCAGGUGGAAAAUGUCCGGCCGAAUGAGUUUACGUUGGUGAGCUUGUUGUUGGCUUGCACCGAGUUGGGGAGCUUGAAGCUGGGUAGUUGGAUUCAUGAGUUUGCACACAAGAAUGGGUUUGAGUUGGGUGUUUAUCUUGGCACAGCACUCAUAGAUAUGUAUAGUAAAUGUGGUAGUAUACUGGAUGCGAUGAAAGUGUUCGAUAAAAUGACUAGUAGGAGUGUGGCAACAUGGAAUUCGAUGAUCACGGGGUUGGGUGUGCAUGGGCGAGGAAAUGAAGCCAUUGCUCUAUACAGUGAGAUGGAGAAGAGGAACGUAAGGCCGGAUGAGGUGACCUUCAUAGGCGUUCUCUGUGCAUGCGUUAAUGCUUGUAUGGUGGAUGAGGGUUUUGAGAUCUUUGAAAACAUGAUCAAACGUUAUGGCAUCAUUCCUACCCUCGAGCAUUACAGGUGCAUGGUCGAGCUUUUGCGUCGUGCAGGCAUGUUAGAUGAAGUGCAUGAGCUUUUGAAGAAAAUGCCAAUGGAGGCUGAUGUCAAUGUAUGGAGGGCAUUCUUAAGAGCUUGUGAAGCACAUGGUAAUAUCAAGUUCCAGGAAGGCACAUACAAACUCAUUGCUGAGCUUGAACCCUCGAUAGGCGGUGUUGGCCACAGUUUAGGUCCACGGCGACAUCAAUGCGUUGAGUGGGAAGUGGGAUGAUGCGACGAUAAUUGAUGGUUUUGAUGAGAGGCCUAGUCUUAUCAUGGACAGAUCACGAUCCUUUUGGAUGAACUAAUGAUGGGUACUGAUUUUCUCCAAAAUUUCCUGUAAGAAUUGGAACAGAUGGAAGGCGGGAGGUCUUUCUUGUUUUACUAUUCAAGAUUGAAUGCAUUCCCAUUCAUGUGAAAUGUGAACAUGCGUGUAUUCUUUAUCUCAUUCCUAAUAAAGCUUUUAAGGCAAGUUCUUAAUU